GUUAAAAUCUUUCUUAGAACUAUGUAUUGAUUGAUGUCCUGUUCUGAUUUACCUUUUUUGUUUCGUUUUUUUCCUGUAAUGAUGAAAAUGGACUGAAAUGAGAGUAUGUAUAUUCUCAGACUCAGCGGUUGGCGUCGUGGUAACGCAAGCCCUCUGCAUAGUGACGCCGUCGACGUUCGCACAAAAUGUCAUGAGAAAGGAAAAUCGUUGCAUGGUAACCGUAAAGGAAUCUGAUGGGCGUUGGUCUCCUAUCACGAGUAUGUUGCGAUCGCAUCUACUGCUAUAGAGAUUGUGGCGUUGUGAUGGAUUAGGUCACCGUGAAGUAGGAAGGUCGCUGUCGUACCCGAGUGCGUUGAAGGCGAAAAAGGCGUCGGGGCUUUGCGUGGGGGCGUGUUGCGACGGACCCCUGGAAGUCAUCGAUUUUCUCACAAAUUUUGUCAUGCUGAGCGGUAAUGUGGGGCGUUCGAAGCUCGUAAGUGGAUUCCAUCGUCCAGAUAAAGCUGAGCUCGUGCGGUUGAAGGUCGGGAGCCCGGUUGCGGAGGAGCAGAGAGCCUACUCCGCUUCCUCCGGUAGCACGGGGAGCGAUGUUGGUGCAGGUCCGAGUGGACUCGAGAUCGGGUCGCGUCGGGGUUUUGCAAGGCAGCCAAAUGGAGAACGCCAACAUUCUAGCCCACCGAACGGUCGCACAGGUGCCUCCGCAAUGGCGAGGAGUGGAAGUCGAUCGCUUGUGCGCUACGACGAGGAUUGGCCAGGCGCCAACAAGUUUUUCUGCGAGGGAGCCUGGAUAACGGGACCGGAUAGUCAGAACUUGCUGUUUACCAGCCUGCUGAUUCUCGUUCCUGUCGUUCUCCUUUUUACCCAGCUACUGCCGGUUAUGUGCCCAGCAGAUUCGUCGCUCUAUGUAGAGCGGUUUUGUGGGCCGAGGUCAGAGCCUGUAUUGACCACAAUGCUGAGCCGGCGAAUCGAGGAGGCACCCUCGGACCGGCAUUGGUCUGGGGAAGAUGAUGCUCUUGACGUAAGAGAUACCCACGAAAAGCCGCCUUCUUACUCUUCUGCUGCUGGACGUUUCCUUGGUAGCAAAAAGGAUUUUGCACCUUCUUCAGCGAGACCGGCGUUUAUAGAAGGAAACUGGACUCCCUCGCGACAGAUAGGAGCCGUCGCGACAGACACCAGGUUCGAAAAGGUUGUAACGCCAGCUGGUGCGACUAUAGCUCAUGCUGCAAAGGGCAUGUCAACUUCUUCCGCGACUGAAUCUUCGUAUGUGAUGUCGACGAGCAGACCACUACUAUCUUCGCCAGGAGAUGCGACUACGACAGGCAGUUCUUUGCAGCAUGGAGGUUCCUCUUCCUCUUUUGCGCAGCAAGUGACGACAGCACCGCGAAAGCGCUACGGGGCUCAACUGUAUGCCAAUCACCAGUAUGUCUCUAUCGUGCCAUUCACACUGGUUCUGACGAUUCUGGCUUUCGUGAAGUUUCUGUGCACGGCUUUCACAGACCCAGGCAUUGUCCCACGUGAAGUGGACGGCCCACUGUGCGAGGAGGUACCGAUCGAGCUAGCAGAUGUCACUAUCGAGAAGACCGGCUCGUCCCUUGUUGCAGCAACAACACUUGGACAAUCCAGCAGGAAUGCACCAUCAGCAUCGUCUUCUUCGAGUGACCUCCAUAUUGUCUUCAGCGGCGGAGGUUAUGAUCAGGACGAGCAAAAGACUUCUAAUUAUACUGAUCAUGUAAAAAAGAACCUGAUGGCGCAGACCACAUCAACAACACCAGAUACGUUGUCGAAACAAGCAGAGAAAUUCGACCCGUCUUCUACUACUCGCGCGUCUUCCUCUGCGUCUAUGCAACCACCAGACGGGGACCGACCAGCAACUGGAAGAAGAGGGUCGCGAAAUCUAUGAGCACAACCAGGCGGCCUUUGCAAUUAUAUUAAUGUUUCUUCUCGACACUGCUUGGCGGCAACGAGGGUUGCUUUUUACUCCUUUCUACAAUUAGAAGCAGCAACAACAUCGCUGCUUGUAGGAAGCAAUUUUUAGUGACGAUUCUACUCGGGGUACACUGUUGAUUCUUGGUAUAAAUGUGUAGCUUUGUUGUAGUUUCUUCUAAUUCUGAGUGGAGCAGUGCCACCGCCAAUCGAGGAAAUCGUGAACGGCAUACGGAUACGGAGAAAAUGGUGCACCACAUGUCACCUGCAUAGACCUAGCCGAGCAAAGCACUGCCGUGAGUGCAAUAAUUGCGUCCUGCGGUUCGAUCAUCAUUGCCCCUGGGUCAAUAAUUGCGUUGGGCUUCGGAACCAUCACCAUUUUUAUGUUUUGUGCUUGACUAUUUUUCAGUAAAAGAUGAUCUGGAAUAUUUUUAAAUCAGUGCAAUAGCAAUGUACUGAAGGUGAAGACGCAUAAAGGCGUGUAGGUGAAAAACAUAAGACAACUUUUACUCAAGAGUGAUAGGUUUGUCGAACAAGCCGAGUCAUAUUUAUAAUGCUCUCUCUCUAAGCACUCGUUGCUUUUCUUUUUUUGACUGCUGCGCUGUGUCUUUGGGUCGGCGUCGUUACCGGGAGUGUGGUCUUCGUGAAGCCAAUCGGACCUGCUGGAUUGAAUGGGGUGAUGCUCGCUUUUGGUCGCAAUGGGAUGGCCACGGGACUCUUUAUCUACAGUGCAGGUAUCGAUUAAUCUCUUAUAGCAACAUGGUUUUUUUGAAGACGUAACUGUCUCAUUCGAUGAAUAGUGAAAGUGAUAAAAAUAAUGCAUUGGUGUUACGGGAUAUCAGAAUUCCUAGUUGAUAGUUUAUGAGAUACUUCACGACUGCGACUACUGCCUCUGUCUCAAUGUUGGUAAAAAUGAUAUGAAAAAGCGUGAAGGGGACGCAACAUCUCACCUCAGAAAUCGUUUUUCAAAUUGAUUAACAGUUUUCUUUUUCGCGGUGUUUAACCUGGCGUGUUUUCAUUGCUGGCUCAUUUCGCAAAACCUGACGACAAACGAGGAAAUGACGCGCCCGUACGGCGGGCACUACGAGCAUACCAUGCGUUUAAGCUGGAUGAUUUCUAUAAAUUUCAAUACUUGUUCUUGUGUACAAUAAGGGUAGCGUCCGUAGCCUUUUAGAUCAGUCAUUUUGAUGAGGGUAUCGCUCGUCAUUGUUGCUCGCCUUGUAGCUGCGCUAUAGUACAAGAUGAACUCACUUAUUGCUAGUUCAAAGAUCAAAGGUAUGAACCGAAAAGAAUUGUUCUGAGGGAGACUUAAAUAAAAUAGUAGGUCUAAUACGGAGUCCGUUUUCUCUCGGCGUUAGACGGAACUGCAAGCUUUUUUGGUGCGGUCCUGUAGAGAAGUCGAUGAUUGUUAAGGGUACUAGUGGUAGACCAUUAUUUUGUUGUACGGGAUCCUGACUGACUGAGGUCCCCCGUGAUUUCAAGGGGAAGCCAAGGGUGCGAAAGAAAGUAACUCACGCAGCCGGGGGUAGUGAUCGCCUUCCAAGAACUCUAAGCUUCGGGGCUAUGUGUAUCGUUCCGCGUCAAGGGGCACUGAGGAUGACACAGCGCGGAGACUAGCAGCAAGAGCGGUGCCAGUAGAUGCGGAAUUUUAGCGCGUAUUGUCUUCGUGGCCGUGUUGUUGCUGAGAUCCUUCACGCCUCUGGCAAACAAGACUCCAGCGCGUUCGUUCCAUAGCUCAAUUUGAAAACAGAAGAAAAGACCGUGCUAGAAUGAACACGAAAGAAAGCUCGUCUGCGAUGAACACAUUGAGUUGGAUGAUUCACGAAAGAAAGACGCUCAACAUGAAGAGGAACCUGCGAUACUGUUUUGUAUUGAGCUUUCAUCUUCAGUGUUCCUUGCAUGAGAAGGCUCGCUGAAAGAU